GUACCACAAGUCCGCCAUCAGCACUCGUGUUGCCGUAUUGUGUGUGCGUUUUUCAUCGACGAUGGACAUUUAGCCCGCUUGUUCGCCACCUCUCGUUCGCUUCAUCGGAGUACGUUUUAUGCCGCGCGCGUUGGACGUGGACGCAGUUGUGUUUGUGCGCAAUGCCCGGGCAGUGCAAUUUCCAGGAAUCGUGGCUCAGCCACGUUGCGUACAAAGACUGGGUCGCGCCGGACCCAAUGAGUUCGCAUCGGGCUAGAUGCAGACCAUGUGCAAAGACAUUCGAUGUCUCAUCGAUGGGGGAGUCUGCGCUAAAAAGCCACCAGAGGAGUGCGAAGCACAUCGGCAACCUGAAGGACGCAGCAAGUAGCUCCUUGAUAAAGUAUGUGACACCCCGCGAGAGUGGCGAAUCCGUUCGUUCAGUCCCAACGCAGUCCUCGGAUUUGAAUACCGCGUGCAAGGCCCACGAUGCAGCGACCGAAGCCGAGAUAUUGUGGGCAUUGAAGGUUGUUACCUCACAUUACUCGUACAGCUCAUCCGCACACACAAGCGAACUGUUCCGGAAAAUGUUUCCCGACAGCGAAGUGGCGAAGGCCUUUACGUGUGGAGAAAAGAAGUGCGCGUACCUUGCGUGCCAUGGUUUGGGCCCCUUCUUUCUAUCGUCCGUCCACCGGGCAAUAGAGAAGUGUGAUUGCUACGUGGUUUUGUUUGAUGAAUCCGCAAAUGAUUACCUCCACCAGAAGCAGAUGGACGUUCACAUCAGAUACUGGGAUGCAUCUCAAAGGAUAACUACCAGGUACUUGACGUCCGUUUUUAUGGGCCAUGCAACGGCGGACGACAUUGAAGAUGAAUUGUUGAAGGCACUGGAGCCAUUGCCACUUGCAAAGAUUCUUCAAGUUUCUAUGGACGGACCAAACGUUAAUUUGAAAUUUUUCAGAAGCUUUCAGAAGCACUUGCAUGAAAACUAUCAGGUAAACUGCCUUGAUUUAGGCACUUGUGGUCUACACGUGGUGCACAACGCAUACAGAGCAGGUGUAACUGCCAGCAAGUGGGGAUUGGACAUUCUCCUGUCUAGUCUAGGUGUGUUAUUUCAAGAUUCCCCAGCCAGGCGAGAGGACUUCUCAAUGGUGACCGGGAAGACAAUGUUUCCUCUCAGGUAUGUUGCCCAUCGCUGGGUCGAAAACGUUCCAGUGAUUGAACGUGCACUGGCCCUGUGGCCUGAUGUGGCAAUGUACAUCGAGUCUGCAAGACGUAAAGAGGUGAACCAGCCAAAAUGCGCUUCGUUUCAGAACUUGCACAAUUUCUGUGGGGACCCGCUAAUUCAAGCAAAACUGAACUUCGCCCUUGCGAUUGCACUAAUUCUCAAACCUUUCCUGACGGAAUAUCAGGUGGACCAACCACUUGUAUUUUUUCUCGCAAGGGAUCUUGAAGCAAUUGUCCGGAAGUUGCUUACUAAGUUUUUGAAGUGCUCAGUUCUCUCUGCAUCAAAUGGGCUGACAGGCCUGUUGAAAAUCAACAUUGAAGACGUGAACAAUCACACUGCGCUUGAGAAAGUGGACAUUGGACAUACAGCUGAGCAAAUUUUGAAGAAGUCUAAGGUCAGUGCAAAAGAGGCAUUUGCAUUUAAAAUGGAAUGUAAGCAAUUCCUUCUCAGUGUGACGAAAAAGGUUCUUGAGAAGAGUCCGCUGAAGUUCCCCUUGGUUAGAGGUCUCUCCUCGCUGGAUCCUCGGCAAAUGUGCACCAAGCCGGACCAGUGUUUAGCAGGUCUGAAGAAUGUUUUGAAUGCACUUAUCGCUGCUGAAAGGUUGACUGAUUACCGUCGAGACACUGUACUUGCCGAGUAUGCCGAAAUGCUACAGAUGGAGAAGCACAAGCUGCGUUUGUUCGAAAAGAGUUCGGAUAGGCUAGAUAUAUUUUUUUUAGAACUCCUCAAGUUCAACUCAUCGUACAGUGAGCUGUGGAGAGUAGUGGAACUUUUGCUUGUGUUGAGCCAUGGCCAGGCAACUGUUGAGAGAGGGUUUAGUGUAAACAAGCAAGUUUCUGUAGAAAACCUCAAAAGCCUGUCAUACAUCAUGCAACGUGCUAUAUGUGACGCCGUUGAUAAGGCAGGUGGCAUCCUUAACAUCCCUAUAACAAAGGAACUGAAGACCUCUGUUUCAUCUGCAAGGCAUCGCUACCAUGCGCAUUUGGAAGAGCAGAAGAGGAAGCAACAAGAAGAAGCGAAUGAUUCAAAAAGGCGCCUUGUGGAGGACGAAAUCGAUAAUUUAAGGAGAAAAAAAGUGAAGCUAGAAGCAACAGUUGCUGAUCUGACAACUUCAGCAGAUGAAUUGGCUUUGAAAGCCGAAGAGACAGGUGAUGUCACAUACAUAGUGAAGUCAAAUAGUCUGAGAAAAACAGCAAAAAACAAGACACAAGAACUGCUAAAUAUCAACGAAGGAAUCGCCGCAAAACUGCUGGCGCUUUCAUGAACACUUUCGAUCUGCCUCACUGUAGUCUUGAACGCGUCUUAGACUGUUCAAUAAUUCAACUCGUCUUAGGCUGUUCAAUAAGUGUUCAAUAAAUUUGUCAUUUUUUUAUGACGAGUACGAGAUCAAUUAUUGAUAUGGGUCCUUGAAAAAAACUUUUUCGGGCCUUGAAAGUCCUUAAAAACCCUUGAAUUUUUGCCUUCAAAGC